AUGAUGUUGGUCUUUUUCACCGUUCUAGCCUCAGUGGUGCACUCCGUGGCAGGAGGGUGCAAAGCUUCUGAAAUCGUUGUGAAGACCCCCGACAGUCUUCCUAAUGAUAUAGCAGAGGUGCUCGAAAAACAACUCAAAAAUGAACUGUAUGAUAUGGGUGGUGUAGCUGCUUACUAUGUCGGAAACGUAGGCUCAUCCGAUCAAUAUACCGCUGUCUGCCUCACUGGGAAAAAGUAUGAUAUGGGUGGUGUAGCUGCUUACUAUGUUGGGAACGUAGGCUCAUCCGAUCAAUAUACCUCUGUCUGCCUCACUGGGAAAAAGAUCAGAAACCUUCCCUACUGUCUCAAACUGGCGGGAGGCAAGGGCGAGCAGAUUACGCUGGACAAAUUCAGAUCGGCUUAUGAAUCGUGUACUGGCAAGCGUGCACCCUCCUUUGAAGUUGAAGGAUUCCAUCACUAA